CCCCCCUCCACCCCACUUACUCAAUCUAAUACACCCCCCGGGUUCAACUACUGAAGCCCGUGCGUCGACACGCGCUCUCCGAAUUGCGACCUUGUUAAAAUCUUGCCCUCGGUGGGGUCCCCGUCGCCAUGUCGUUGCUCCCGGCCGAAGUUCACUCGGCGCUGUCACAGCUGCUGCACGGGUUGAUGACCAGCGAUAAUACGGUCCGCUCGCAGGCUGAGGAACAGCUGAAUAAUGAUUGGAUUCAAAAUCGUCCUGAUGUGCUGCUUAUGGGCUUGGUGGAGCAGAUUCAGGGCGCUGAACCGGGUAUAAGGUCCUUCGCCGCGGUGCUGUUCAGGAGGAUCGCAACCAAGACGCGCAAAGAUCCCGUUACCAACGAAGCCAAGGAACUCUUCUCGACUCUCACCGGAGAACAACGACUGGUUAUUCGGCAGAAGCUGGUGACGUGCCUGACGACCGAGUCGGUGGCGGACGUGCGGAGGAAGGUUGGAGAUUCCGUCGCGGAGAUCGCGAGACAGUACACUGAUAAUGGCGAUCAAUGGCCGGAGCUCCUCGGUGUCCUGUUCCAGGCCAGUCAGUCCCCCGACGCGGGCCUGCGCGAGGCCGCCUACCGCAUCUUCUCGACUACUCCCGGAAUCAUCGAGAAGAACCACGAGGAUGCCGUGCUGAACGUGUUCGGCAAGGGCUUCAAGGAUGACGUCGUCUCCGUGCGCAUUUCUGCCUUGGAAGCGUUCGCGUCCUUUUUCCGCUCCAUCUCCAAGAAGUCGCAGCCCAAGUUCUUCCCCCUCGUGGCCGAUCUGCUCAAUAUCCUGCCGCCGCUCAAGGAGUCGGGCGAGAGUGAGGACCUGUCCGCCGCGUUCAUGUCGCUGAUUGAACUGGCUGAGAUCUCCCCGAAGAUGUUCAAGGCCAUGUUCAACAACCUGGUGACGUUCAGCGUCAGCGUCGUCGCCGAGAAGGACCUCAGCGAUCAGGUCCGCCAGAACGCCUUGGAGUUGAUGGCCACCUUCGCCGAUUACGCCCCCAACAUGUGCAAGAAGAACGAGAAGUUCGCCCAGGAGAUGGUGACGCAGUGUCUCAGCUUGAUGACCGAUAUUGGCAUCGACGAUGACGAUGCUUCCGAGUGGAACUCGUCCGAAGAUCUCGACCUGGAGGAGAGCGAUCUCAACCAUGUGGCCGGUGAACAGUGCAUGGACCGUCUCGCCAAUAAGCUGGGCGGCCAGGUCAUCCUCCCCGCCACGUUCGCAUGGAUCCCUAGCAUGAUGUCGUCUUCCGCCUGGCGCGAUCGCCACGCCGCGCUGAUGGCCAUCUCGGCCAUCUCGGAGGGCUGCCGCGACCUGAUGGUGGGUGAACUGGAUCAGGUGCUGGCCCUGAUCGUCCCCGCCCUGCAGGACCCGCAUCCCCGCGUGCGUUACGCCGGCUGCAACGCGUUGGGCCAGAUGAGCACCGACUUCGCCGGCACGAUGCAGGAGAAGUACCACCAGGUGGUCCUGAACAACAUCAUCCCCGUGCUGGACAGCGCCGAGCCCCGCGUGCAAGCCCAUGCGGCGGCCGCCCUGGUCAACUUCUGCGAGGAGGCGGAGCGCAAGGUCCUGGAGCCGUACCUGGACAACCUCCUGCGUCACCUCCUCCAGCUUCUGCGCAGCGACAAGCGCUACGUCCAGGAGCAGGCGCUGUCCACGAUCGCCACGAUCGCCGAUUCUGCCGAGAACGCCUUCGACCAGUACUAUAGCACCCUGAUGCCGUUGCUGUUCAACGUCCUCAAGGAGGAGCAGUCCAAGGAGUACCGCCUGCUGCGCGCCAAGGCGAUGGAGUGCGCGACGCUGAUCGCGCUCGCCGUGGGCAAGAACAAGAUGGGCCAGGACGCGCUGAACCUGGUGCAGCUGCUGGGCAACAUCCAGCAGAACAUCGUGGACGCGGACGACCCGCAGUCGCAGUACCUGCUCCACUGCUGGGGCCGCAUGUGCCGCGUGCUGGGCCAGGACUUCGUGCCCUACCUGCCGGGCGUCAUGCCGCCCCUGCUGACGGUGGCGGCCGCGCGGGCCGACAUCCAGCUGCUGGACGACGAGAACCAGAUCGAACAGGUGGAGCAGGAUGAGGGCUGGGAGCUCGUGCCCCUCAAGGGCAAGGUCAUCGGGAUCAAGACUAGCGCCCUGGAAGACAAGAACACCGCCAUCGAGCUGAUCACGAUCUACGCGCAGUUCCUGGAGGCGGCCUUUGAGCCGUACGUGCUGGAGACGAUGGAGAAGAUCGCGGUGCCCGGGCUGGCGUUCUUCUUCCACGACCCCGUGCGGGUGUCGUCGGCCAAGCUGGUCCCGCAGCUGUUGAACUCGUACAAGAAGGCGCACGGCGAGCAGUCGCCCGGGUUCGCGCAGAUGUGGAACAAGGUGGCGGAGAAGAUCAUCGAGGUGCUGAGCGCCGAGCCGACGGUGGACACCCUGGCGGAGAUGUACCAGUGCUUCUACGAGUCGGUGGAGGUGGUGGGCAAGAACUGCCUGAGCCUGCAGCAUCUGCAGGCGUUCAUCACGUCGGCCAAGUCGACGCUGGAAGACUACCAGCUGCGCGUCAAGCAGCGCCUGGAAGAGCGGGCGGACCUCGAAGAGGGCGAGGAGGAGAGCCUGGACUACGAGUACGCGGUGGAAGACGACCAGAACCUGCUGAGCGACAUGAACAAGGCGUUCCACACGAUCUUCAAGAACCAGGGCACGUCGUUCCUGCCGUCGUGGGAGACGCUGAUGCCGUUCUACGACGCGUUCAUCACGAGCGAGGACCCCACGCAGCGCCAGUGGGCGCUGUGCAUCAUGGACGACGUGCUGGAGUUCUGCGGCGACGACGCCUGGAAGUACAAGGACCACAUCAUGCGGCCGCUCGCGGCGGGCCUGCAAGACCAGAACGCGGCCAACCGCCAGGCGGCAGCCUACGGCGUGGGUGUCGCGGCGCAGAAGGGCGGCGCGGCGUGGGCCGACUUCGUGGCUGCUUGUCUGCCGAGCCUGCUGCAGGCGACGCAGAUCCCGCAGUCGCGGUCGGAGGAGCACGUCUUCGCGACGGAGAACGCGUCCGCCAGUAUCGCCAAGAUCCUGCACUUCAACGCCAGCAAGGUGCAGAACGCGCCGGAUGUUGUGGCUAGCUGGUUGACGACCUUGCCUAUCACGUUUGACGAGGAAGCGGCGCCUUACGCAUACUUUUUCCUGGCACAGCUGAUUGAGCAGCAAAACCCCGUGGUCAUGGCCAACGCCGACAAAGUCUUCGGCUUCAUCGUCGCCGCCCUGGAAGCAGAGACCCUGCAAGGCCAGACGGCCGGGCGGGUGGCCAACGCGGCCAAGCAGCUGGUGGGCGCGACGGGGGUCAACGCGGACCAGAUCCUGGCGGGCGUCAACCCGGAUAACCAGGCGGCUGUGCGGAGUUACUUUCAGUAGAUUGGUUAUGGAUAUGAUUUAUGUUUAGCGAAUACAUACUAUAUAC